AGGAGAACCGGAGUGACCCGGACAUGCUUACCGAGGCCCGCUCCCUGACUGCAGCCUCUCCUUCCUGUAAGACCGGUUGAGGAAGUGAAUUUCGCUGACAGGGCUGGGUUCACUGAGGGAGAGGCGAACAAAACAUCUUCCGCAGGGGGGACUGACAACAAAACAAGAAAAAAAACACACAAGCGGCGAGAGGAGCGGUUUGACAAACCAUUCGAAGGCUAUAAGGCGUACAGUCACCCGUGAAAUCCUUCUCCCCUGCCCCGCUGAGACCGCCGCAGACAUGAGUGAACAGCAGUUGGACUGUGCCCUGGACCUGAUGAGGCGUCUGCCUCCUCAGCAGAUUGAGAAGAACCUCAGUGACCUCAUUGACCUGGUUCCCGGUCUCUGUGAGGACCUUCUCUCCUCCGUGGACCAGCCCCUGAAGAUCGCUCGGGACAAGGCGGUGGGGAAAGACUAUCUGCUCUGUGAUUACAAUCGGGAUGGUGACUCCUACAGAUCCCCAUGGAGCAAUAAGUACGACCCGCCCAUCGAUGACGGCGCCAUGCCUUCAUCUCGCUUGAGGAAACUGGAGAUCGAAGCCAAUAACGCCUUUGACCAGUACAGAGACCUGUACUUUGAGGGUGGCGUGUCGUCAGUGUACCUCUGGGAUUUGGACCAUGGCUUCGCUGGAGUCAUUCUCAUCAAGAAGGCCGGAGAUGGAUCCAAAAAGAUUAAAGGGUGCUGGGACUCCAUCCACGUGGUGGAGGUGCAGGAGAAGUCCAGCGGACGAACUGCGCACUACAAACUCACCUCCACCGUCAUGCUGUGGCUUCAGACGACCAAGAGCGACUCCGGCACCAUGAACCUGGGUGGAAGCCUCACAAGACAAACGGAGAAAGACGAGACGGUUGGAGAGUCCUCGCCCCACAUCGCCAACAUCGGCCGCCUUGUCGAAGACAUGGAGAACAAGAUUCGCUCCACGCUGAAUGAAAUCUACUUUGGGAAGACCAAGGACAUUGUCAAUGGACUGAGGAGCGUUCAAGGUCUGGCCGACAUGUCAAAGCAGGAGGCUUUGCAAAAAGAACUGUUCAAGGCGCUCAAACAGAAAAACCAAAGCUAGAGAUGCUACUGCCGUGUCCCGUUUCUCAUCCGCCAUCCUCCUCUUCUUCUUGUUUCUUUCCGUCUCUCCCCUCUCCCUCCAUGGUUCCUGUAUCGCUCUCUCUCUCUCCUGUCAACUUUAGUUGUUUUUGUGUAUCUCACAUGUUCUGAAGCCAUUCACUCCCUUCCUCUCCCCGUCACGAAUCUAACGACGGUUAACAAUCACCCUGCAGUGUGAGGGUUCUGUGUCGUACUUAUCCUGGCCCCGCCUCUCUCGGACUCUCUGAUUAGGACAAGCGACCGCCCCCCUUUCACCCUUUUUUAUUUCUUCCCAACACGCCGGCGGCUUUUUUUUUUGGCUCUCGCGAGCCGCCGUCAAGUCCACACAAAUUCAAGAAACACACAACCGCAUCCGCCCCACAACCGCACUGUGUAUAACAUAACAGUUUAACCCCCCCACCCCCACUCCCACCCACGCCAUCCACAUCCACACCCCAGCUUCUGUUUUAUCUCCAUUUCCCGUCUCUUGCUCUCACCUUCUACGUCUUUGUUGGGGGGUCACAGUUUUGUCUUCAUGUCAGUGGGAACCUUUAACCGUUUCCAUUUCGGGAGGGGAAUCUUUGUAUUUUGUUUUUUUGUUUUUAUUUUGUAAUGCUUAUGAUUCAUAUUGUAUUAGAGCCUCCAGCAACAAUAAAAACAGGAAAAAGCU